AUGGAUUAUGAAAGAGAUGUUCUUCUGUGGUAUCUGGGUACUGUCGCUGACAAUGCCCACUACCCGCCAGACUUGAGAAACAAGGCUACCCACAUCAUCGUCUCCUUCAUGCGUCACGGAAAUGCUUACAGACUCAUGGCUGAGGCUACUGCUUUGGCUAGAGGCGAGCUAGUUAUGUAUCCAUUCCAGCAGGUCAAUAACAUUCCUAGAAAUCUUGGGCUCCCUGUCCGUCGUUUUGGUCAAAACAUUCAUGCAAUCACGGCUGCUUUUGGCAUCAUCCCAACCAACGCGGACUACGAAGGCCACCCAAUCGAGCUCAUUAGCAUCCUUGAUCCCGCUAUUGAGGAAAGCAUGAAUGACAACCUCAGACUUGAGUUCCACCGGGCUCUUCUUGUCAAGGAACAACGGGCAAAUGCCGAUCUCGCCAGAAGCAUUCAGCGUUACGGUUACCACUACAUCUUCAGAGCCGGUCUUCAGCAGUACUACAUGACCAAAACUGUCGUGGAGAUGAUCAACUUCUGGACUCCGGAUCCUCGUGGUAAUGCCUAUCGCGUUCGUACCCAGAAAAUUUGCUAUGCAGCAAUCGAGAGGCGUCUUCGACUCAACAAUCUUGAGAAAAUGUUGCUCAUCAGAACGACUCGUUCCCUACCUGGUGAUGCCUUACGCUUCUGGGCUUGGAUUGAAAAAAACCGGGUGGCCUACAACGCGAUGAAAGCCUGUAUUGCGCUGCUGAACCGUCUGAACUUAUUUGCUCUUUUCAUCUUCCCAUCGGCGUUUCAAGGCAAAUGGCGAUUACGAAGCGAGCAUGCUCUUCUUUGUGAUGACAUCAGCAUUGCGAUGCAUGACGACUUUCAAAGAAUUGGAGCUUUCAUGAUUCUAUGUUCGCCAUCAAGUGGCUUAGCUUAUGGAUGUCUGAUGCGGUUUCUGUGUUUUUCUCCGAUUUCAAAGGGUUUCGCCGGGCUUGCACUUUACAACAGUGUUGUGGUCUUGGUUGCUUUCCUUGACUCCCCGAGUGCGGAUACAACUCUCAUUGGAGUCUUUCCUUUCGGUGGCUCAAUCAACUAG